AUGGAGGUUGCUAACAACCAACCGGCUCCAGUGUUAAACACCUCAAUUUUGGCUGAUGUAAUAAAUGAGAUACAAGGAAAUUGGCAACACUGUAAUAAUAACAAUCUUUUCCCUCCUGAUUCUCAACUAUCACCAGAAAUUCAACAAUGGAUCAAAAACACUGUACCCACCCUAAUAUCAUUAGCAAAAACAGAUGAGAACUUUAAUUUCCCGGUAAAUGAAGGCUUCAGCGACUUGAUUAAGAGAUUUUUACAAUUACCCACUAUAAGAACGGAGUUGAUUUCUGCUUAUCCUUACUUUAUUGCUCUUCUUCGAUUUCCAGCAAUCGAUGCCUCAUUUUAUCGACGAAUGUUUGAUCCAGACUAUCUAAGAAUUAAUUGGGAUCCCACAGAAUUUGUGGUGAAAAGAAACUUUAUCAUUCCUGCCGGUGGCCGAUUCAGAAACCGAGUUAAAUGGAUGUCUCGAGUUAAUUCUAGCAGAAUUGGACCACCGGCUUCAACAGGGCAACCUCAAAAUGAUAUGUUUAUUCAGAUUAUGCAUAGCACUAAUGUCAAUGGUAUUAGAAACGACCGCAAUAUGCCAAAUGCUCCUCCUGGUCCUGGCCCUGGUCCUAUUCCACCUGUUGCUACAGCCAACGGAGCUCAAAACAUUCAGAAUGUUUCCAACUUGCUGAAUGAUACAAGUCAUGGAUCCUUGGUUAGAUUGCCAGUUUCAAUUCAACUCUUCUCAGAAGGUGUUCCAGCGCAUUCACGUCUAACAAAGUUUUUCUAUCCAGAUGCAUUACCUGAUGAUUUAACCAUCGAUAGUUUCGAUCAAGAAAUGAGUGUUGAUGAAUUCAAAUUAUGUUUUGCAAGUAGUUGCAAAUAUUAUAGAUGGGGAGUACGCAGAACACCCACUUAUGUCUAUCUACAUUGUAAAAUGGGUAGAAUAAAUUUUGCAUCAGAAUUCAAUAAUCAAGAUUCAGGGUGCCCAGCACAAAUCAAAUUGAAAGUGGAAAAUAAUAGAAUUAAAAUGACAUAUUCAUUUCAUCAUAAUCAUUCAUUUUUCAAAUACGAAAAAGAUUAUACUCCUAUUAUAAAGAAAGAUCCCGUGCGAGCUUGGUUGAUUGAACAAGCUUUACAGGGGAAAGACUGGGCUUGGGUUAAUGCCAAUAAAGAAGGGGUUAAUAUUGCUGGAGAUGUUGUAAAUAUUGAUCUAAGUAAAAAAAUCAAUCGACGCCUUUAUUUUCAAAUUAGGCGUAUACUUGGAGUUGAAACAUCUGAUCAACCCGAUGAAUCUGAAGAAGAUGUCGAAGAACCUGUGUCGCCAUCAACCAACAGAAACAAUCAACAUGAAGGCAACUAUUUGUUUAACGAUGAAACGCAUGGCUCGCAUCAAAAUAAUAGCUAUGACUUCCCAUCUAACGAUUAUCAUGGAGUAAGUGAAUCGCCACCUGAUUUUGAUAUUCCGAAUUUUGACCAAUCAGAAGACAACAAUCACGAGGCAGAAACAGAGGCAAACAACCGAGUAGUUUUAAAAGCAGAAUGUGAGGAAAUUCUAAAGUAUGUUCAAACGACAAUGGAAAAUGCUUUUGAGGUGUUGCACAUAGAGAGAUUACACGACUUGAAGGGUUUUAUAAAACGUACAGCUCAGGAAAUGCAACAAGAAUUCCUGCCUAACCAUUCAACGUGA